GUGUGUUGUGUGCUUAGGGCCAUUUUCAGAUAGCACACGGCUCUGUGAGAAGGGUGGGCAGUGAAGUGCUCUCUGGCAAGAGCAAUUUUCUGAGCUGAGUCUUAUCACCAUCUUCUAGGCUCCUAUGUCAAAGCAGAGACUUCUCAUCAAAGGGGGAAAAGUUGUGAAUGAUGACCAGUCUGUGGUGGCUGAUGUGUACGUGGAGGACGGAAUUGUGCAGCAAGUGGGACCAAACCUAAACCCCGAGCCCCCCACUGGACUCACCGUGCUGGAUGCAACUGACAAGCUGGUGAUCCCCGGAGGCAUCGAUACUCAUACACACAUGCAGUUCCCUUUUAUGGGUAGCAAGUCAAAAGAUGACUUCCAUACAGGCACAAAGGCUGCUGUAGCGGGAGGCACCACUAUGAUCAUCGACUUUGCCAUUCCUCAAAAAGGCUCCUCUCUUAUUGAAGCUUUUGAUUUGUGGAAAAGCUGGGCAGACCCGAAAGUCUGCUGUGAUUAUUCAUUGCAUGUGGCAGUUACAUGGUGGAGCAACAAGGUGAAGGAAGAAAUGAAAAGUCUUGUUGAGAACAAGGGUGUCAACUCCUUCAAGAUGUUUAUGGCCUAUAAAGAUGUGUACAUGCUCAAUGAUGAGGAAUUAUAUGAAGCCUUUUCCUACUGUAGGGAACUUGGAGCAGUUGCUCAAGUCCAUGCAGAGAAUGGUGACCUGAUUGCACAGAAUUCUAAGAAGUUGCUGUCAAUGGGAAUAACUGGUCCUGAAGGGCAUAUUCUCUCACGUCCAGAGGAAGUCGAAGCUGAAGCAACACAGAGAGCAAUUACCAUAGCAAAUGCUGUAAACUGUCCCCUUUUUGUUGUCCAUGUAAUGAGUAAAUCUGCAGCAAGGGUGCUAGCCAGUGCACGAAGAGAAGGAAAGGUGGUUUAUGGGGAGACUAUUGCUGCUUGUCUUGGCACCGAUGGUACCAACUACUGGAAUAAAGACUGGGCUCAUGCUGCAGCACAUGUAAUGGGUCCGCCACUAAGACCAGAUCCUUCUACUCCUGAUUUCCUCAUGAACUUACUGGCCAAUGCUGACCUGUCUGUGACAGCGACUGACAAUUGCACUUUUGACAUAUGCCAGAAAGCUCUGGGAAAGGAUGAUUUCACUAAAAUCCCUAAUGGAGUGAAUGGCGUGGAAGAUAGGAUGUCAGUCGUAUGGGAAAAAGGCGUUCACAGUGGAAAAAUGGAUGAAAACAAAUUUGUAGCUGUUACCAGCACAAAUGCAGCAAAAAUCUUUAACCUUUACCCAAAGAAGGGGAGAAUUGCUGUGGGUUCUGAUGCUGACAUCGUAAUUUGGGAUCCCAAAGCUACCAGGACAAUAUCUGCAAAGACUCAUCACCAGGCCAAUGACUUCAAUAUAUUUGAAGGAAUGGUCUGCCAUGGAGUCUGUGUUGCGACAGUUUCAAGAGGCAAAGUGGUUUAUGAAGGCGGAGUUGUCAAAGUCACAGCAGGAGAAGGCAAAUACGUCUCCCGUCCACCAUUCUCUCCAUAUGUCUACAAACGAGUCAGGCAGCGGGAGAAGGUCUGUCAGCCGGUUCCUGUUAAGAGAGCACCAUAUACAGGUCUGGUCUCAGUUACACCCAUCGCACCAAAAUAAUAGCUGUGUUCCCAAGGUUUGGUUCUUGCAGAUAAAAGCAAAUGAAAAUGACCCUGCUGUCCUCACCAAAGCAAUGCAUGCUGGUUCCAACAGUCAGCUCACAAUCAACUUCACAAGAGCCAGCAUGAAACAUCAGUAACCAAUAAACAUACUGGGCUUCCUGCAUGAA